UCACGGUGCAUCAACAUUGUUGUGAUUUGUGAAUCAUUACUAAGGCUCAUUAGUUCGUCGCUACGAGGAAAAAAGGUACCGGAUCUCCGGCCGACGGUGACCCCCUCGAAGGGGCACAAGCUCACUUAAGCUUUGACGAGGCCGAGGAAACCGAAUCUACCAGUUGGGACAGUCUCUUUGAUGGUGACGAUGUCGAGGCCGCUGUACAAGACCAACAGCCAGAUGAUCCACAGACAGACGUAGUCUGCCCAGUCCCUGGAACAGUGGGACAUGCAGACAUACCCAGCCAAGACUCGCCACUGUGUGCAUGUAGCAUUGUCGAUCGAAGCAGCGAACCCGUCGCAGAUGGUGCAUCGAAUCAACCGUCAUCCUUGUCAGAAGAUGACAUUGCGGCCCGGAUACUGGAGCAACUCAACAUGGAGGAACAAGAGAGUCUGUUCCCAAUAUCGUUAGAGGAGCAUGUUAAAGACGUCUCAACUGCUGUCGAAGCCUUGCUCCUGCUAUCUAAUGGGGCAAACUCCAUGACGGGACCAGAUCAAGAACGGCCCCUGGAGGACAAAAGGGUUGAAACUACUGCAAUGGAUGGUCAAAACAGCGAAGGAGGCGUGGAUUUCGAAGGCAGCUCCCGUCCUGCUUCACAGGCUGUGUCCCCGACACUAAAAUCACAUGACCAGCCCCCCACCGGCGAUAAUGUCACAAACGAACAGUCGCCCCAGUCAAACGACAUGGUGCAAAGGCAAUCCUCCGAGGUAAAACUCACCGAGGAUACGCUCCAUGUUCACGAGGAUGAUGCAACUGCGGAACCUGAGAUGGUUGCCACACCGAGUGAGCAAAUCGCCGUUGCGCCCCUACUGAAUAUUGAAGCCCACCCUACGCCAUUUAAAAUGAAAAUUGAUAAGUACUACUGGAACGCAGCGUCUCUCAUAUCGCGCAACAGCGCCAAAGAAGACACAAACACCGUUGAUGGUAUCCCGGUAGCACCUGCAUCAACACCAAGAGACGCAGAAGACGAGCCACCCGAAAUUAACUCUUCGUUGGUUCUCCAAGAAUCUAUUGCAGGUGCCGACGAAGAUGUCGGUCGUGAAGGUGUGGAGGUGUCCGACGAGCCUUCCCUGCCCAUCGUACGUGAGGAAGGCGCCCUCUCAGAUAGAGAGGAAGUUACGCCUCAGCCUUUGCUGCCCGGUUUGGAAGAGCAUGCCGCUGCCGCCGCAUCGCCUACUACAAUCGCACCAUCAAGUCCGGUCAUGGAGCCGCAGGACCAGAAUUCGCCGUGGCUAGCGACAGUGCUGGAGCAAGAGCUCGAAUUGCCGCCAUCCCCAUACGAAGCAGAACCAGGCACAGAUGGAUUUCCUGCUGAGAUUCAGGUCCCGGAUAUUGCUCCUUCAGGGACUGCGAAAGCACCACUCAAGGACGAUCCGGAUGCUGAGCCCAUAGAAGCGCAGCUCCCUGUGCCGAAGCAGGACACACCACACCACGCGCCCAAAUUUCCUCUUCCUUCCUUAAAGGGUCCUGGGAAGUUGCCAUCGCCUGUUAUGUCUUCAACAUCUGAUCUCGAUGAGCCGUACCAGACCGAUAAUACAGAGCCAAAACCCGCGAGGAUCGUCCCAGGGAAACGUGUGCAUCCCGCAACAUUCAAGGAGACGAAAGCCGACACUGAUGCCACCGCACAAUACAAGGCGAAGAGAGAAUCAGAAUCCGAGUACGAAGCUCCCGCCAGAAAGAAGUCUAAGAAGAGAGGGGUUACGGUACUGAGCUUACAAGCACCGGCCGUGGCAUCGCGUAGCAAAGGUAAUGCUAAGCACGCAGCGCCGCCCAAUGGUCAAUGCGGAAAGAAAGCAAUGGAGUCAGCGGGAGAUGAGAAGAUCGUGGAGCGGGAAUACACUGAGAUGGAGGAGCAAGAGCAGGAGGUAAAUAGCGCGCGUUCCGGCCUAUCUCCACACUGAACUGACUUUCGUAUAGUCGGAUGAUCCUUCCACUCCCGCCUCAACCCGCGAUCCC